CUAUAAGACCCUCCCUCUUCCAUUGUUAUACCUCAACGUAUUUACAAACUCACAUUGGCUGGUCCAACGUGCUAACAAAGAUUCCAAGGCUUGCGCGACUCUCGUUAUCCCUCACUCGGUACACUCAACCCUUCCAGCCCCGACGCCACCCCACCACGCACUUCCUCCCUCCCCUACCCCAACUCUGCCAGCUCUACACCCUACACCGACACCUACCCCACCCAAGCAUAUCCCAUCGCAAUGCCAAUGCCCAUGAUGACCCAAGCCCCCGGCCCGCGCCCCGUUCUCAACCCCGAUGCCCACCUUCCCAUCCCUUCUGAAAACUACUUCCCCAUCACCGAAACCAGCAGCGCGGAUCAAGGCAAGACGACGUGGGAGGAGAUGGCGGCGCAGCAAGCGGCGAGGAAGAAGAAGAGGAUGUGGAUUAUAGCGGGAGUCCUUCUGGCUGUAGCGGCGGUGGCGGCCAUCGUCAUUGGUGUCAUUGUGAGCCAGACCAACAAGAGCAGUGACAACGAUGGGAGCACCAAGUCGGGGAGUAAUAGCACGUUGACGGUUGGGGAUGAUGCGAGUGAUUUCGAAAAGGAUAGCAGGCUGCAUCAAAGCUUUUGGGGGUUUGCUUAUACGCCUCAGAAUGUGCUGCUUCCGUGGUGUGGUGCUAGUCAGUCAAAUGUUACCCGAGAUAUCCAGCUCCUCUCUCAGAUCACUUCGCGUAUCCGUCUCUACGGCGCCAACUGCAACCAAACUGCCAUGGUCCUCCAAGCUAUCCAGGAUACAAAAGUCAACAUGACUGUAUGGCCUGCUAUCUAUGUCGAUUCGAAUGAGACGGCCUAUGACGACCAAGUCACUGCACUCACCGACGCCCUCAAAACUUACGGCACCGAUCACAUCUCUGGCGUGACAGUGGGUAACGAAUACAUCCUCGACACCGCCGGGAGCGACUCGAACACCUCCUCCACCUACCUCUCUGCCGUCAGCACCAUCACCGACAAGAUCGCUGAAGUUAAUAGCACGAUUCAAGCGCUGGGGCUGGACAAGGUGUUGCCGGUGGGGACGUCGGAUGCGGGGAGUAUCAUGAGUAAGACGCUUGGAGAGGGGGUUGAUUACUUUAUGGCCAACGUCCAUCCAUACUUUGGCUCCCUAGCAAUCGACGACGCAGCAGCAUGGACAACCUCCUUCUUUGAAGAAUAUGACGUCGCCGUAGCUGCCAUAGCGUCCAACAAGCCUGCUACCUACAUUGCCGAGACGGGCUGGCCGACGGGGAGCGAUGAUGAGGAGGAUAGUAAUAGUGGGGCGGGGAGUCCGCAGGGGGAUGCGAGUGUUGCGAAUUUGCAAACAUUUUUGGAUACGUUUGUGUGUCAGGCGAAUAACAAUGGUACCGAAUACUUCUAUUUCGAAGCUUUCGACGAACCAUGGAAAGCGGAAUAUGGCGGUACAGAACCUUAUUGGGGUCUUUUCGACUCUGAUAGGAACCUCAAGAAUAUUACUAUCCCGCAAUGUUCAUAAGCCUGGAGAGUCUUACCACUCAAACCGCGACGACUGGGAAGUUGUUAUCUCAACUCAGGCAGAGAAGAAUAAAGGGGAGGAAGGAGAGAAGAAACGGACAAUAUCAGAAGGAAGAAGGCUUUUUUCACGCAUGAUACAUCAAGGACUCAUAUUUCGCUAUUUCAUUCCUUUACCCAUAACCACCAUGUUUUCAUAUUCUUCAUCAUCCUUUCCAACUUUUAUACGCUCUUUGGACUAUUUGGACAUUUGUCACUAGCAUAUCAUUCAUGUAUUCCGCAAUUCUGAGGGUUUUAUGGUGACUUGACGGGCAAACAAGACAGAGAUGUACAG